AUGCCACGCGUAUUGCCAAAUGGCGGCCCGCGGCCGCCAGCUAAUGGAGAAGAUAUGGCGUCUCAAAUUUCCGCCCCUGGACCAAUGACGCAGGUCCAGAGAAGGGGCAAUCAGGCAGGCCCAAGUCUAUUGCCAGUUGCUCCAGACACCAUUUUCCCUCAUCCCAAACGAAUCGCAGACGCGGCAAACGUCUGCUACCGGCCGGUCUUCCAGAAUCGUGCUAAGGCAGAGUCGUUUUGCCAGUAUAUGAUGUCAAAAUACGACAAAACCGACACUUCCACCGCAGAUAUCCCGGACCUGGAUGUUGAAGGUGAAGGCCACGAAUGGAUUGAACGACUCCAUAACGCGGUGUAUGAUUUCUCGGGUAUUUUGGAAUUGAAGGAAGCCGAGUAUUACAAAAAACUCACGAAAGACUAUUAUAACGAAGGUGCCAUGCAUUGGAUGCUGUGGAAAUUGCUUAAUUGCGUUGUCGAAGCCCAGCAUGGAAUUAACCUGUUACCUCCAUGGUAUACCCCUGAUGGACCGCAUUACAGAUACUAUCCGUCUUUCGCUGAACGGUUCAAUGACGUUGUGGCAGGUCUCAGGGAGUCCAAAUCCACUGUCAUCUCUCUCUUCAAGAACGAUGAGUUCCCAGCCAGGCUUGCCUGGAAUCCACCAAAAGAGUACAAACGUAAGGUUGACAAUCUAGGCCAGAACGAUGAAAAGAGUGAUUGGAAUGCUGUUAAAAACGAGGUGAAGAAAACGAUGGGGAUCCACCGCAACCAGAAGGGGGAAUUUCAAGAUAAAGAUGGAAAUAUCAUUACAGGCAAGAUGUCACAUAAGACGGAGCUCGCAGUCUCACGAAGUACUGCUUUCAAGCGCCGUCGGGGAUCUAAAAAAGCUACGACCAUCAGCAAACUUGCUCCGCCAACCAAACCUACUGGUGAGCUGAAGCUCCUGGACCCCGCCCCUAUCGAAAGGAGCCAAGGCUCAAAGGCAGAGGCACAGCCCAAGCCACCCAUACCAGAGGAGCAUGUAGAUGGUCCUAGUCCCCCGCCACCUGAGACAUCUAAACGGAGAGCCAAGGGCAAGAGAAAGGCCAGAUCCAAGGCUUCUAAAGGAGGAGAAGAACGACCACAUCCCCGACGUGGCCGAAUUUUGUCAUCACCACCACCUCAUGGAUCCUUGGACGCAGAGGCAGGCUCAGUUGCGCAGGCAUCCACAUCCUUGCAGACAGCCCUGCAGAUUCACCCACCCGAACCGUUCGCAUCGUCCCAGCAGAUACAGAUGCCCCAGCAAGGAUACAUGGAGCAGCAGCAGCAGCACGUUUUUCAACAGAUGCCCAUGCCUCCUUACUCCUACCCGCCCUUUCAGCCUCAACCCCAAAUGCCAAUGGCCGACGCUCAGUAUGCGCCCCCUGGGGAUGCCAUGGCCCAAGGCAACAACAAAAGGCGCCGGCUCGAAUAUGAACCAUUGACACACUAUGCCCCGAGUGCCCCUAGCGCUUGGACGGGGUAUGUUCCUCACACAGAUGCUUAUACCUACCAAAGCGAAUUCCCAGCACAACAGCUCGGAGCCCAAGGCCAACUGCAAGGAUACAACAAUUUCGCGGGCCAGGUUCCCGACCCUUCCGAUGAUCCUUUCUGGGUUCCGGACUUCUUUGGGCCUCAGGAGUAG